GUUGGUAAACCGCUUGCAUCGCGUACAUAGUGCAUGAAGCUUCUUCCGCGGCACAGACCUUCGCAAGCCUCCGCAAGUACCACCGGCUAGUACCACCAAGGACGCGGCCGCGAACAACUCAAGAAAUUGACGGAGCCGCGGAAAUAUAUCGCCCAUUUGGUCUGCAGUUCCGGCAAAUUUCACAAUGCGCGUCUUCAUUUUCGUCGCAAUUCUGUGCGCGGUCCACGUCGAGUCGCAGUUCUGGAAGUACCCCCAGCAGCUGAUCUCCACCUGGCUGCGCCAGGGCAAGACCGGGAGUGACAAAGUGACGACGAUUCCGCCGGCCACGGUGGCCAAGCUCACCACCAAGCCCCCCGUCACCAAGGGCGCGCCGCUCAAGAGCGAGAGCAAGCGGCCCACCAAGGCCAAGACCACGAUGGGGGCGACCACGGCCAAGACCACGAUGGUGCCGGUGACGACCACGAAGCUCAACGGGACUGUCACUACCAGGAGAAUUAUCUCCACGUCGAGCGCGGCCACCGAGACCAGCACCAUCGUCGAAACUACCACCCAUGAAGUCACAGCCACCACGGAAGAGCCCAGGGAGAAUCAAAGGACCCACGACUUCUACCUCAGCAAAAGGGAGAAGCCGCAAGUUAAAAUCGCCUCCAAUAUCAGCCAGAAUCUGUUACCCCUGCCUGCUGGAGCUAGUGCAGCUCUCGUCAAGCCGACGAAAUACCACUACUACCCCCACAACCAGCACAUAUAUCUCCUGCCAGAAUGCGCAAUUCAGCAAGUGUGUAAUGCCGUUUAUGUCAGAUUGAACUGGACGCAGCCUCUUUGUGCUUGUCCUUCGAGGUAUCGUGAUCCUUGCUCGGCAUCGCUCAAUUCCGAUGAUCAACACACGACCGAACUGAUGAUUGACAGGAAGUCCAGGCGCGCACUGACGUUAGUGAAGACUUGCGAGCCAACCUCGGACAUGCGAAUAUGUCGCUCGCCGCGGGACUGGUCCCUCUUAGCCCUUCAGAACAUCCGGACGGGAAAAUCGCACUAUUUAGUAAUUUGCCGAUGUCCCGAAGUUAGCAUACUGGAGGGGCCCAUGUCCCACGACCAGCCAACCUACGCCAGCGUCCCUGGCAUCCGAGUCUACGGAAUGAUGUGCGUCGACGGCAAACGCCGCGGACGGCCCUUGCGGACCUCCCGGUCGGUGGAAACGCCCCCCUUCCCGUGGGACAAGGCGGAAGAAUUAGCGAAAACCGCACUGUGGGAUUAACAAUAGCACAAUUGUGAUCUAGCAAUUUUCCCCGAGAUUUUCUUGCAUUUAUUCUAGAUUUUAGUGUGUGUUCUUAGCUAAAGACUUCUAAAUAAUGCGAAUAAUUUUAGUCUUAUCGCCAUGUUUAAAACAACAGUGGUCGCAAUUUUUGACGACUGCUCUACCGGGAACCCCAUUUUGAAGGCACUUUCGAAGUGUGGUUCCGUUUCUGUAAUUUUUUUAAACAUGGCUAGAUGGGUUAAUCACUACUAACUUGCGGUGGACGGUUUAAACAAUUAUUUAUUUAUUUAAGUUAUUUUUAAAUUAUUUAUAUUUCCUGCUUUUUAUUUAUAUUUUUGUAUAUAUGGCGCGACAAUAAAGCGAAACUCUGA